CACAGCUGGUUCAACAGGAGGACAAGCUCCGCCUCCACCACGCCGCCGCUGUCUGGAGAGGGGGGGGCCUCAGAUGAGUAACUCCACAGCCGGUGACGUCACGCGGCUCGGUGGUCAAACAGGGAAGUGCGGAGACAAACUUCCGCCUCGCUCCGACUCACCGGAGGUCUCCACCGGCCGGAGCGUCGUGUCUUCGGGGCCGCGAAGCUGCGCCCGGUGUCCGGGGAACCCGACCGGGCCGGCGGGUGUUACCGGGCCGAACGGGACGAGCAAUACACGUCCACCCGGGACCGGGACCGGGACCCUUUCCUUCCUGCACCGAGGGUCGGGAGGAAGGAGGACGGGACGGUAGGACGAGCGGGGAUGAGGACGGACAGCGGGCAGGAGACAUGGCCGAAGCCCGGCCCGAGCAGGAGGACCCCGCGGGGCGGGAGCAGGUGGUCCGACGGCCGCCGGGCGGCGCCGCAGGACGUCCCGACAGAAGGAAGCCGGAGCAUCGUCACAGCCAGGGUCCUCUCUCGUCCAUCAGAGCAGUCAUCAAGAGAACCGCCACCAGGUCCACGUCCCUCGCCGAGCCCUCCAGGGACAGAGACCGGGACAGAGACAGGGAGCGAGACAGGGACAGGGAGCGAGCCAGGAGGCGACCAGAGAUCACCAUCCUGUCGGCGGAGCCGCUGUCCUCCGCCCCCUGGUUCCCCGGCGCCUCGGCGGGAUUCCCGCCUCCGCCUCCACCCGCGGCUCAGAUCUGGGGACCCACCAUCCCUCCGUCAGUGCAGCCUCCUCCGUCCUAUGAGGAGGUGAUCAGGGAGAAGACGCAGGAGCAGGUUCUCCUUCCUCCUCCGUCCUCCUCCUCCUCCUCCCUGAUAACGAUCUCCACCCAGACGGACACGGGAUCAGGCCCCCACCCCGAGGACUCCCCGGCGUGCAGAGGACCGGUGAGGCCGCCGCGGCCGCCGCUGUGCCGCCCCCCCCGGCCGCCUCCCCUUGAUGACAUCGCCCUCGCAGCCAGCCGAUCCUCGCCCGACCUCCUCGCCGAAGCCUGCCCGCCCUCGACCUCCGGCGCUCCGACUGACCAACGGGAUCACCCCCCCGGCGCGCCCACCCCCCCCACCACUCCCGAUCCGCCGGAGCGUCCCAGGCCACGGCCACGCACCAGGCUCGCCGCUCGGCCCGCCGCCAGCGACGUCAGGGUUCAGACUCUGGUGAAGCUGCGCGAGGACGGCGCGGCGACGCUAGCCGCCCUCGCGGGAGCUGCCGCUGACCAGGAGGCGGGUCGGGGGAAGUACCUGCAGGAGCUGCUCGAGGCCUUCAGCACGGACGACUGGGGCUUCCCUGAUUGCCGUGGCGACAGCAGCGGGGACAGCCAAUCAGAGGGCGAGGAGGAGGAGGAGGAGGAGGACAUGGCCACUCUGAGAGCCAGGAUUCUUGCCUUCGAGCAGCAGCAGGGGGCCGAGGGGGGCGAGGAGGGCGGAGACGUUGCCGCCGCAAAAAGACCCGAACCUCGGCCACGCCCUCGUCUCCAGGGGCAACCGGCCAAAUCUGUCCCGCCCACUGUUGCCCCGAAACCUAAAAGCCUGCCGCAGACCCCCAAGCCGUCCAGCAAGGUAUUCUGGGAGGACGCAGGUUUGCCGGAGUCGAGUCUCACCGAGGCACAGGCCGCGCCCCCCCCGACAGCUGCUCCGCCCCCACCCUGCGGCAACGCCGAAAAACCCUCCGUCCCGCCGAAGCCCACGGAGCCCUCCGCCCCCGUCGCAGCUCCCAGACCCCCGCCGCCGAAAUCCGCCUCCUCCACCGGUGAGCCGGCCAACCCCAAACCUCCGCCCCGCCCCCCGGUGGCCCCCCGGGUCGGCACCGAGGCUCCGCCCCGCGAUAAGAGCACCGCGGCCGAGCCCGCCCCCCCGACUCUGCCCGCCAGACCCUCUGUGGAGGCCGGGACAGGAGACCAGACGGAGACACGGGACGCCGACAAGCAAACUGUGAAAGUAGGAAGCGUUCGUCCAGGAGUCCCGACCAAACCAGCAGCUCUGACGUCACCUCGCAGGGCCAGCGCUCCAAAUCUGGCCCCCAAACCGGCAGCUGCCGCCGCGGCCCCCCUGACCCCGGCCCCCCCGACCGACGGCCUCAAACCUCCGGCUCCGGCUCUGAGGAAGGGCCCCAAGCCGGAAAGUGCCACCGCAAGCCCAAACCCCCCGGACCCCCCCCUGCCUCCACGGCCUUCCAGCGCAAAGCUCCUCCCCCUCCGUCCUCCGCCAAUCAAAUCCACUCCUGGUCGACCUCCGCCUCCAACCGUCAGCUCGGCGCACUCGGCCAACCAGACGGCUCCUCCUCCUCCGGGCAAGACAGGCCCCGCCCCCUCGGCCAGCCAGUGUUCGUCUUCACCGACCCCCACGUCCCGUUCUCCCGUAUCAGCCAAUCAGAUGCAGCCUCAACCAGCUUCAAAGAAAGGGCCGCCUCUGCCCCCCCGCCCAAAACCUGGACACGCCCUCUACAACAGCUACGUGAAACAGGAAGUGCUGAUCGUCCUGGACGACCCGCCCCCCUCAGAGCACCCGGCGGGGGAAGGGGGGAGUCGAACCGCCGUCGACCCCCCGCAGUGUCUCCUGGACGUGGACACCCAACCAGAGGCGCCUCUGGACCGGGACGGCCAAUCAAAACCCUCCUCGGAGGGCCUCGGCCUAUCAGAGUCCCAGUCCAUUUUACCUGUUGAGCCCAAAGAACGGCCCGACCCCCCCCCUGUCAGCGGCCCCCGCUGCGUGGCCCUCUUCGACUACGAGGGCGAGGAGGAGGACGAGCUCACCUUCUCUCAGGGCGACGUCGUCCGCCUGCUGCAGCUCAUCGGGGCCGAGUGGGGGCGGGGCCAAAUCCACGGGCGGGUUGGCGUGUUCCCGCUGAACUUCGUGGAGGUGGUGCAGCCGCCCGGCGGGGAGCCCGCGGCGACGCUGGGCGCCGUCACGGGACCCACCGGAGCCGAGACGCCCCCGGACCCCCCCCCUGAGCAGUGGGCCGAGGCGCUGUACGACUUCCCCGCUCAGACCGCAGAUGACCUCUCCUUCCACAAGGGGGCGCUCAUCCAGGUGACGGAGCACCUGGACCCCCAGUGGAGGAGGGGGAGGCUGGAGGGGAGGGAGGGCAUCUACCCCGCCGCCUUCACGCAGCGCUGUCAGGCUCAGCCAAUCACAGGCCAGCAGACGGCGGUUAAAGGAGUGGCCAAGUUCGACUUCACAGCUGAGGGCGAGGAUGAGCUCACCUUGAAGGUUGGUGAUGUCAUCACGCAGGUGGAGUUUGUGGAUGAGCAGUGGAUUCUGGGAGUUGUGGACAAGAGGCGAGGGAUUGUUCCUAUAAACUACAUUUCCCUCCUCGAUGAGACGCUUCAGUAGCUCUGCGGCUGUUUCUAUUUUCAUUAUUUCCGAUAGUUUGCUGACUAGACGGAGGAGCUGCAGUCGGUGUGCACGCACUCAAUAAUCUCCAUAAUGCUUUAAAACACAACAAAAAUGACAUAUAAGGUAAAAUAUCACAAUACAACUUCAAUAAUGUCCUAUAAUUCCUAUUGUAACACAGUAAAUGUGUAAAGACAUAUAUUUGGUGUCUUUUUUCUUGCACAGAUUGGCAACAUUUUAAAACAAUGACCACUUAUAAACACAUCAAUAAACCAGUAAUCACAUUAUAAUAAAUGAUUUAAUGUGUUUAUGGGAGUUUAAUCUGAUCCUCGCCUUAUAAUGUGUGAGUUCUGUCGUAAAGCAUUAUUAUUAUUUAUAAAGACGGGAAUCUAAUAUGAUUUAUGGACAUUUGUAUGUAUAAUAACAUACAAACGUCCGUAAAUCCACUUUUCACUUGUUGCACCUGAUGAUCUGAUGUGUAGCAUUUAUUAACAUAACUGACUGCGGGCAGAUUAUAUUGUUUGUGACGUAUGAAAUGUUUAAACAUUUUAAUCUUUUUAGACUAAGCUUCAGAUUUCUACAUCUGUUUAACUUUAGGAUCAAAGGAAGACGUAUGAACGUAUUUCUGAGACGCUCAAGACAAAUGUUUAACAUCUAUUUCCUGUUUGCUUAAAUUAAAGAGGCGACUCAUUAGAAGGGAAAUCGAACGUCGCCUUCGUAUUGUGAGUGAAAUACGAGAAUCUGUUUUUAACCUUCAAACUUUUUAACAAAUAAAACUUUCAGACAUUUCAA